AUGUCUGCACUUUCAGCGAACAAUUCAAUGUUGAUGUCUGUGGCAUUGCAGGCAGCCAACUCUAGCAAUCAGCAGUCUCUUCUCCUCUCCAACAAUUCCAAUACAACAACAACAAAUUCUAGUAAUUCAUCAAUUGCCAUCGUUUCGUCAUCUAUUACAUCAUCCUCAUCAAAUUCUAAUCAAAAUUUAUUCCUUCGAUAUGGAGAUGUUAUUUCUCUAGUAUACGAAGAUGAAAAAUCCUAUCUUUCAAUUAGAGGAUUAAAUCCAAUUCGAUGUGGAGCAACUCCAUUCACUUCAUCAUCAGAAAUUGAUAGUCAAUCAGCAAGUUCAAAGGAAAGUUUAUUCGUAGUCAUGAAGGGAGGUUCCUAUUCGGCUCUCAAAAGAUAUAAUGAAUUUGUGGAUAACAAGAUGUCUUCAACAAGUGCCUUGGGAGAGGCUCUAUUUGCCUCCAGAAGAACAUCCAUGAAGUACGGAAAGAAUAUUCUCUCAAUGAUCAACUCGAAUAAACAUCCAGAGAAGAGUGUAGAAUCUAAAAAGUUGAAAAUCAAAAUGGAAAGAGAAGAACAACAAAAUAUAAUAGAAGCCCAAAAGGCUCUCGGAAAAGUAGUAUCAUACGGUGCUAGAAUUCAAUUAUUACACGUACAAUCACAAGAAUAUUUAACAGUUCUUCGUACCAAUGCAGAAUUAGAAAAGGCUUGUAUUGCAAUUUCAUUGGCAACUAGUGGAAGUAGAACAUUCUUUCAAAUUAUGCCACAUUUCAAAUUUAGACAAGAGAAUGAACCUGUAAGAUUGUCCGAUAAGAUUGUUCUAUUCAAUGAAAAAUCAAAACAUACUCUCCACUUUUCACAAGUGGUUUAUAACAAACCUUUAGUGAAUAGAGAUAAUAGAAAUGAAGUGAAUGCUACAGCAUCUAAUUCAUCAAAUGUUUGGAGAAUUAAUCUGUAUACACCCUAUUCAGUCUAUUCAGCAAAGGCUUAUUUAAAAACUGGAGAUGUUAUCAGAUUGUUUCACAAGGAUGCUGAAGGGUAUUUAUUCCAACAAAAGGAGUUUGUAAAAUUAUUUACUGAGAAAUAUGCUCUCUCAUCUGUGAACGCUUUAUUCGAGAUUGAAAAUGUGGAUAAAUUCAAAGGCGGUUUCGUCAGAUAUAGUGUGCCUUUCAGGUUAAAACACUUGCCUUCAGGACAAUAUCUAUGUAUUCAAAAGACUGAAGUUUCAGAUGCUAAUGAUGGUUCUCAAACAGCACGUGGUUGGUUGAAAAUUAAGAAAACCUUAAAACAAGUUCUUAGACCUGGUCUAAUCAAAGAGGCCAACGACGAUACUCUCUUCACAUUGCACUCACCUGAAGUUGGUGCAUCAGAGGCCGUUGGAUAUGGUCAACCUGUUGAAAGAAAAAAUCUUGUCAGAAUUCGUCACUUGAGAACUGACACAUGGCUUCACGCAGCAGAAAGAUCUUCAAAGAAUGAUUCGAAUAAUACUGGAAGUGGUCGUGGAAGUCUUUUCAGAAAAGACUCUGUAUCAAAUAGACGUAGCUCUCUUGCUCCACAAAUGUUCAAUGUAAAUGAUAAUACCAUGUUUAUAGAUUUGACUUUUGAUUAUAGAAAAAAGGAAACAGAUGUUUUUUCUAUCUUUUUAGCUUCAGAGAAGGAAUUGAAGGACUUUACUAUUGUUUAUCAAAUUUUUAGAAUUGUGAGUAACUUUAGAAAGAUGAAAAAGGAAACAUCCAUUCAACAACCACAACGUGUUGACAUUGAAUCUGUUUUAGAAAUGUUACGUCACAUUAUCAGAUUUUGUACUGAAAGUACUCAACAAGAUGUAAUGAAAAGAGAAGGUAUUCCAUAUCCUGAGAGGCAAUCUGCAUUCAGAGAUAUUGGUCUCAUUGACACUAUUAUGCAAGUUAUCAAGGAUUCUGGUGAAAUAUUUGGCAAGGAUGACAAAUGGGAUCAACUUUAUCAAUAUAGUUUCAGAUCUAUCAGACAAAUUACACUUCUUCACGUACCAAACAGUUUAUACGUCUUUGAAAAGUAUUUCCACGAAUUACAAAAUCACAUCUUGGGAGAAUCUUCAGAAGUUGUCCUAAACUCUUCCAAAGAUUUUGCCAACUCUAUUGGUCAGACCAAUACAGAACUUUUGAUUGGUAUGAUUAAGGAUAAUAUGGAGCUAUUGGACAGUAUUUCAUCGAGUCAAAUUGAGGGAUUUUUCAAUCUUUUAGUUGAAAAUACCAGAAAGAAGGAUCUCUACCUCAAACUUUUGACAAUUUUAUGUAAAUGUGAGGAAAGACCAAUCCAAAAGAAUCAAAACAGAUUGGUAGAACUUUUAUCUGAUGCCAUCCAAAAACAUCCAAGACUUUUCAUUGUACCAAGAAUUGAGGAGGGGAAACCUAUUGUGGAUAUCCCUUCAACAGGUGAAACCAAAUCACUUAAACACUUUUGUGAGACUGAAUAUUUCGAAUUUAUGAUAAGCUCAAUCAGAUUUUUCGCCUCAUUGUGUUCUGGUAAGAAUACAAUGGCUAUUCCCUUUGUUCAAAGAAUUUUCCCAUACGAUUUGGUAUUGAAAUGUAUUGAAGAUGCAACUGCUCCUCUGAGUAUUCGUUCUGCUUUUUCCAAUUUGAUGGAAUAUUUGUAUGUUGAUGCUGUUGGUAUUGAACAAGUACCUGCAAUUAAACUUACUAGAAAGUGGACAAACAGUAACAGUACACUUAGAACCACUACUACCUUUGAAGAUUACAGAUAUCAACAUAAGAGACUGAAGGACUUUAUUUACAAACACUUUUUCGUUUCUGCCAAUAGAAAACUCACUACCAACCAAGAUCAAUGGUUUAGCUAUCAAUUAGUUAAGAUUUGCCACAAACUCUUCUUGUACAGAGCUUACAAUCCAUAUGGUGAUGAUUUGGAACACAAAAAGUUGGACGAAAGUUAUACCACUGAUCAGGAAGAAAUUUCCAACAUUAUUCACUUAUUAUUGGCAACCCUAAAGGCCACAACUGAUGCCAACGAAGAGUUGAACUUUGUAGAUUCGGAAAACAAUCGUCUAAUUAUCAAGAUUAAGAAUAGAAUUUGUGACAUUCUACUCUAUGUUAUUGAUAUGCGUAUUGACUAUCGUAUUAGUUUGAUUCUUGACUUUUUCAAAGCCAAGUCUGACGACAAUAACACCAGAAUGAUGGAUACUUUAGCGAUGAAGAUUAAGAAUAUUUCAUUCUUCCAAUUUGAUAAGACAGAUUAUACUCAUAGCAAUUCAAGUCUUCCUCCUUUAAAAUUCAUUCCAACAAUGCUCUUCUUACUCAAGUAUCAAAAUAAUGAACUUCCAAUCAAGGCUCUCAAGAUUUUACUUCGUUCAUCCAUGCAAGAUAUUGAAUUGAAGAAUAACUUGGAAAGAUUAGUUUUAUUGACCACACCAAAGUUAGUCCAAUCCUAUGAAACUAUUUUCAAUUAUUAUAACAAGUUGAACAAUCUGGUCAAUAAUGCCACUUUCUCUGGUGGUAGAGAUUCUAAAGAAUAUAAGGAAUUCAAGAAUACCAUCAAGGGAAUUCUUGCCGACGUGAAAAAGUAUGGCCAUAGUGCUCAAAGCAUUCUGAGAAAUUUGCAAAUUCACGAACUCAUGAUUCUCUGCCUCACUAAAAUUUACCCAGAAAACAUCAAGAGUAAUAUUUAUCAAAAAGCGGUUUUAGUGCUGACAGAAUUUGUUAGAAGUAAUACUGAAAAUCAAUCAGAGCUCUUCUCUCACAUUGCCUUUUUGAUUGGUAUCUUCUCCGAUAAAUUAGAUACCAGUGAAUUGUUAUGUGAAAUUGUGAGAGAUAAUAAGCAACUCCUCAUCAACUUGGACGAAAAACUUAUCCACAAAUAUAUUGACAAGAUUGGAGAGUUGGGUAAAAAGUCUUGGCAUUUAAACUUUUUAAGAGUUUUAACGAGAAUUGGUACUUCCAAUUUACAAAGAAACCAAGAUAUUAUUGCCAUCUACCUUUCAACAGAAAGAAAAGAUAUCAUUGUUCUCUUCAACGAUGAUGUUGGUAUAGAGGAGAGAAGACAAAGAAUUCUCAACAAGGAAUACAAAGUUUCAGGUUCUCUUUUGAACUAUCACAUUAACAUGUUAUACUUACUCAGUGAUUGUACCUUGGGUACCGUAAAGGAGGCAGAAGUCAAAAUUCAAUCCAUCUUGUCAUUUGAUGAUUGUAUUUCUUUAUUAUCUGAAAAGUUGAUUCCUCUAGUAAGAGAUCCUCUCAUGAGCUUGCUCAACGAAUUAUACAUUAAUACAGAGAAGAAAUCCAAUGACGUUAUUGCCAAUACUACUAUUUGGCGUCUCUUCAAGAGAAUCAAGGAAGAAAUUAAAUAUUAUAUUGACUGCAAGGGUAGAAAUAUUUGUAAAUUAGAAAGAGAUGUCACGUAUCAAUUACCUCCACUCAGAAAUGAUCUUCCUCAGGAUGACAAUGAUGAUAUUAGUGCCGAGUACUAUGUCAGUGAAAAGUACAUUUAUUCAAUUAUUAUUCCACUCCUGACUAAUUACUUUAUUAAUUAUUAUUCCAAAGAAACUCUCUCCAAUGCAAAAGAGUCCAACGAGAGUGAUACAUUGCAAAUUAUUGAAGAAAUUUUGACCAACCUCAUAGAAUUGUACAAAUAUACUGCUAAUGAAAACUAUAGAAAGGAUAUUGAUAAGUGCUUUUAUGAAAUUCACCAACGUACAAGAAUUUCCCACGAAUUGGAGGUCAAGUUCUUGCAAGUAAAGAGAAAUGCCCUUGUCAAGAUUGUUCCACCACAAGCCAUUCAAAACAAGGCACUCACAGUUGAUGUUGGUAACGAAGUAGCCAAACGUUUCAAGCUUUUCAUUGAAUCAAUUCAAGCUCAAAGUGCAGAAUCAAUCUUCUCAGAUCUGGCCAAAUUGUUUGUUAACGCCUAUGAAGGUCAAUUCAAGACACUAAUUGGGGUUUUACAAAGAAUCAUGUCCAUUGGUAUUACCAAAGAUUUAGUUGAGACCUUUAUUGGAGCUAUUGAAACCAUCAAGUAUGCUAUCAAAGAUCAAAAGCCAGAAUUUUCUGUUGAAAAUGGAAUACCAGAAUUGGUCUUGCAACUUUUGACAGCGGAUUAUGAAAUUGUUGUUCCAGCUCUCAAACUCUCUCAUGAAAUGUUGACCUCAGUUGAAACCAGAAAGGUUGUUGGUACUAUUGUCAGAAGUGGCAAUUAUGAGUCAUUCUUUAUGGCCAUGAAGAACCGUCUCAGACAAUCAACCUACGAAGUUAAGGAAUACUUCUCUAUAAGAAAGAGAAAUAAUUCCCAAGAUGCUCAACAUGAUACAACCAAUGCAAAGGAUGUCUUGCUCUUUUUAAAGUUGUUGUGUGAAGGUCACUACUUGCCAAAUCAACAAAUGCUCUACAAUCAACCUUUCAAUAAGAUUUCCGUAAAUCUAGUUUCCGAAUGUAUUGACUAUGUUUUGGGUUUGUUCAAGUAUUUGAGCGAAGACAGUGCUGAAAACUUUAUUCAAGCAUUCGAUACUCUCAAUGAAAUGAUUCAAGGUCCUUGUAUUGAAACAUCUAUUGAACUUGCCUCCUCAACCAGAUUAAUGACUGUCAUUAAUGAAAUUUUGGGUAGAAAAUCUCUUGAUCCAGAAGAUAAGGAUAUGGACUUCCCAGAUGACGAUUUGGAAGGUGAAUUUGUUGAUCACUUGAAGGUUGAGGAUGAACUAGAGCUGAUUGAAAAGAUUAUCAUUCUUCUUACCAGUAUGUUAGAAGGUGGUAACAAAAUUUCAAAGAAUCAUAUCAAAAAGUCCCUAGAUUUCAAGUCAUUAUGCAAACUCAUGAUUUUAUUCACAGACGGUCAUUCAGAAUAUAAGGAAAAAAUCAAGAAAAUACUUGCUUUUGAAAACAAGACAGAAACGCCUAAUCCUGCUGAUGUUCGUACUUGCAUCAAGAAAUCCCAAAACAUUGGUAUUUCUAUUUUCAUUCUCCUUAAAUAUUUGGACUUUGAUUUCAAUGAAAUUACUCCAGACUAUCUUGACUCGGAAGACAAGACUAUUAGUCAAAUGGAUGAAGGAGAAAAGGCAUGGCUCAAUUACUAUGAAUCAAGAGUUGGUACCAUAGAAGUCAUUAGAGAUAACCAAUUAGAAAUCGUUCACUUUAAAAUCAUCAAACAAUGUAGACAUUUACAAGAAUCUACCAAGGAUGAGUUUGUUGAAAGCUGUAACAGAGAAUCUCCACAAACCAAGGUGAAAUCCCUCUUUGAUUGGACUUAUCAAAUUGCAAGAAUUGAAAUGAUGCACUUGAAGAGUCUUAUGGACAAUCCAAAUAGUUUGAAAGCAAGAGGAUGGAAAUUUAUAGAAAAGAAUUGGUACAAGAUUAAGGUUGGAGUGUUUUUGAUUGCAGUACUCAUUAAUAUUCUGGUCACUGCUACAUAUACUAAACAGUUUGAUUCAAUUUCUGGUCCAGUAGUUGUUCCAGGUAUUGCCCUACCAGAUGGCAUACAGUAUAGAAAUAGUUUUAAUUAUAUGCCUAUUGGUAUUGUGGUUGAAAUAUUGGGUCUCAUACUAUUAUUGUUAACCUUUGGAUUAUUGGGAAUACACUUGUACUUCUUCCUAAUGUUGAACAUUAAGAAGAAAUUCAAACUGGAGAAGGAUCAAUCGUGGGAUACAUUGCAUAAGGAUCGUGAAUUUUUCAGAAAGUUUGCCCUGUACACUGCUCAAGAUCCUUACUUGUGGUGGAUUUUAAUCUAUUUCUGCAUGAUUUUGAUUGGUAUAUUUGUAACACCUUUGGCAUAUAUUAUAUUGACAUUUGAAAUAAUCUUCUUAUCUCCUGAUGGUUUAUUGGAUAUUAUUGUUGCCAUUGGUCAAAAUUAUGAAAAGUUAUUCUACACUGGUGUCUUGACUGCAUUUGCCAUGAUUGUUCACACCUUCCUCAUGUUUUCCUUCAAGUAUGAUCAGUUUGUUUUCAACAAGGUUAUUGUUUGUAAGGAAACAUUAACAUGCUUCAUGUCCAUUGUCAAUUAUGGUCUUCGUGGAGGUGGUUUCUGGGAAGAUAUUACUGAUCCAUACCCACUUGAUGUCACCCGUAUCUUUAUUGAUUUGUACUUUUCACUCUUGAUUAUCAUUAUUUUGGUCAAUGUUGUUUUCGGUAUUGUGCUUGAAAGUUUCAGUGAAAGAAGAGAAGAGAAACAAGAAUUGGAUGAGGAAAAGUCAGGUUUCUGCUUUAUAUGUUCUAAUGAAAAGUCCAGAUUCGACGUUCGUGCCAAUGAAGGUAUUACCUUUGAAGGACACAUUAAGAAGGAACACAACAUGUGGAAUUAUGUUUACUUUUUAAUCUAUCUCGAAAAGAAACCAAAAGAUGAAUAUACAGGUAUUGAGCAAUAUGUUGCCGAGUUGGCUCAAAAGCAAUAUAUUACCUUCUUCCCAACUCUGAGAUCAUACACUUUAGAGAAGGCAGAAAGUGGUGAAAAGGAAGAAAAGGAGGAAAAGAGCGCCAAUCUUGAAGAACAAAACAUUAAUCAAUUGAAGGAUGCCCUCUUGAGUCAUCUCCGUUUCAGUUCAUACAUGAGUAAGGAUGAUGAAAUUGUUGGUUCCCUCAUGGAUCACUCUCGUAACCAUCAUUCCUCUCAUUCUCACACUCAUCACACAACAGAAGAAACUCUUGAUUUCUUAUAA